UUAAACUAUAAGCUCAUAUGCUUCCAUACUUUAUUUCGAACGCAUGCAUGAAUAGUUGAAGGGUGUUGACGGAGAUCUGAUUUGAUUGUUAUCCUUUAGCGCAGUAUCACAGGAAAAGUCAGACACAGCUCAUCACUCGUCACUGACUGAACUUAAGCUGUACUUCGAGUCCAAUACGCGCUGCGGUUUUACACCCUCCGAUCUGAAUGCCCAGAGAGGUGAAGCGAUGAUGCCCCAUCUGUCAUAUGUGAGCUAAGAGAGUCCAUGAUGCUCUGCUUCUCUCCAUUCCAGAGUUCUCCUCUCUCAGGCUCCAAGGGGACAGGAGGAGGAGCAGGUGGAAGUCUCUAUUAUAUGCGAAGUUGUCUCCAACUCCCCUCUCUGAGGAAAAGGUGUCAAAGGUUGCUAUACCAUCAACCACAAGCAGAACCUUCUGAAGGACUCUGGGACAUCCAAUCCCUGACCUCCACACUGUAACAGUCCACAGAUCCCUGAAUAUAGAAAGCCACCACGCCAUUGGACGAGGGCAGUCACACUUAAGGGGCCACAUGGCACUGCUAGCCAAUCAGCUGGUGGAUUCAGCUAGGGUUCUAAAUGGCAUCAAUGGGAGGGUGGAUCACCUUCCACAGUUCCUGAGGGUACAGAACCAGGGUCACAUUACCCAUGUCAACGUCACACAGGAAGACACGCACAAGAACAGGAAGUACCCAUGCCCACUGUGUGGCAAACGCUUCCGCUUCAACAGCAUCUUGUCACUGCACAUGCGCACGCACACAGGCGAGAAGCCCUUUAAGUGCCCUUACUGUGACCACAGGGCAGCGCAGAAGGGCAACCUCAAGAUCCACUUACGCACUCACAAGCAGGGCAACCUUGGGAAAGGUCGUGGCCGGAUCAGAGAGGAGAACAGGCUGCUCCACGAGCUGGAGGAGAGGGCCAUCCUGAGGGACAGGCACAUCAGGGGUGGUAUAGGUCGUCUGACCCAGCCACCACCACCCCACAUCCCUCAUCCCCAGCUCCAGCAGCCCCAGCCUGCUUCUACCACCACCCAGCUCCCCUUGACUUGCACAGGCCCUGGCCCUGUGGAGACCCUUUCACUGCCAUCUGUCUCCCCCAAGAUGACCACCACAGGCCAGGAGGAUCACACACAGGCUCAGCCUUCCGCAGGGUUCCGCUGCUCCUUCUGCAAAGGAAAGUUCAGGAAGCAGCAGGAGCUGGAGCGCCACAUCCGUAUCCUCCACAAGCCAUACAAGUGCACCCUGUGUGAGUACGCGGCCUCCCAGGAGGAGGAGCUCAUCAGCCACGUGGAGACGGCCCACAUCACCUCCAUGUCAGCUCAAAGUCAGAGUUCCGCGGUGGGCAGUGGUCGGGGCUUGAAGCCCCCUGGUGGGGAGUUCCCCUGCAAGGUGUGUGGUCAGACCUUCAGCCAGGCCUGGUUCCUCAAGGGACACAUGCGGAAGCACAAGGACUCAUUCGAGCACUGCUGCCAGAUCUGUAGCCGGCGCUUCAAAGAACCCUGGUUCCUCAAGAACCACAUGAAGGUCCACCUCAACAAGCUGUCUGCGAAGACCAAGCAGCUUCCUGCUGACCCUCAGGUAUCUGUUAGCAUGGCUAGAGUAUCCCAGGACACCCACUACACAAACCUCUACUCCCAGUACAUCUCAAGCCUCCACAGCAGGUUCCUCUCUGCAGAGAAAGCGGGCCAGUCGGAGUUCCAGCAGAUCCUUGCCACAGCAGGCAUCGGGAUGAAGGUGAAGGAGAUGCUGGGUAACAUGCUGGCACCAGGACACAAUUCACCGACGGAGGGUGAUAAUAAUCACUCUCUGUUGGGUUGGACUCAUCUGGUGCCUCCCCUGAGUUCGAGCAAUGUGGAGUAUCAACCACAAGCUCCUGCCAAUGAGAGAAACGACCUCAAGAGCUACCCAGGCUGGCAGGUCAUGGAACCAGGACUGGCUGUAGAUCUGGUGGACCUAUACACAGCUAAAGAACAGCAUCGGGCCUACCAGGCUGGGUGGAGGGUGUCAGAUGAGCGACGAGCGCCUGUGUGCAACCCAGACACCCAGGCUAUUAGUAGGAGUAGUAGCCCAGGACUGAGCCAUAUCUUGGAGGAGAGUUCUAUAGGACCAGGCCUCUCUCAGACUGGCAGUACCCAGGAUAACAGCAGCCUACCCUCCUCAGUCUCAGGUAAGGAGAAGUCCUACAGCUGUCCCUCCAGUGACUACAUCAGUGCCCAGUCAGCCUCUCUCAGUUACCAUCUAGAGGGCUACCACCCCCAGUGGAACCAGGACACCAUGGACAACAGAGCCCCCUCGUCCCCACAGACCCCAAGCCCCAAGGACUGGAGCCCUACUUCUGGCCUCUACAGUGGGAUGGAAGGCACAGAUGAGAACCGGAGAAACGCAGGUACACUGCAAAUAGACAGGCCUCCCAACCUGCCCAACCCUUCCAACCUGAACCUACACCGGGCCUAUGGAGGACCUCCAGCUAUGGAGGAGAACAGUGUGAACCCACAGGGUCUUCAUCAAUCCAUACAGACCUUCAUCAAUGGCCUGACAUCCAGCAUUCUGAGAGGUGGUAGAAAGAGGAGAUCAAGGGGAGGGAUGGUCAGCCCUCCCAGGGGAGGACAGGGGAGCUCUGAGGGGGAGUAUGGUGUUAGAGUCAGGGGGAGUGACUGGGACAGUGAGGGGGAGGCAGGUGCUGGUGGUUCUGCAGUCACACCCAGGACCAGGAAGUCCCAGUAUGAGCCUCUGGAUUUGUCGCUCAGGCCAGACUGGGUGCAGACGUCACAGCCUGGUUCAGGGGGAUUGACUGGGUUAUUCCAGCAGCACAGCUCCCUCUCCUCCAAUAGCAAUGGACUGCAGGCUGGACAACACACAGCCCGGUCUGACACUGGUAGUGACCUGGAGUUACCUAUAGAGCAGGAGGACGCACACACCUAUGACUCAUCAGCUCACAAUGGGGAGUGUACACUGGAGAGACCUGUGUUUAACAAAGAGGAGGAAGAAGAGGACCUCAACAAGUGGAGGAUGAUGAAGAGUAGCAGCAAUGAAGCAGAGCUGAGUGAGGAGAUGACAGAGAUGAUGGUUGGUGUUCCCCAGGGGCCCAGUGAGGCCCCUCAGUGUACCCAAGGGAAGCAGGGCCAGUGGGGCAGGUCGGUCAUCCAGCCUCUCCUCUCUCCUCUGGAGCUGUUGAAGCUAGGGCAAACUCCUCACCACUACCUCCAUCCCCACAGGAACCUCUCAGUCCUCUGGUCCUUCAGUGGCCAGAAUCACAUGUUCCUCAAUGACAAUGAAGAGAGCUUGAAUGGUGGAGGGGGAGGGCCAAUGGAGAGAGCAGAUACUUCAAGUGAGUGUCCCUCUCUCUGCCCAAUGAAUGAUGUCAACUGUACCUCUGGUUCCUAACUAUUUUCCACAUUACAUGAGAGUACCAUGCCAUCUAGUGGACAAGUAGUGAUCCUGCCCCCUUAUAUCAUCCUUUCCUAUACUGUCCUAUCCUAUAUGUUUGGAUAUUUAGUACACUCUCUCUCACUAAAAAAAUAGGCUUACCUCAGCAGACAAUUUAUCAGAGGAAAUUGACGAACUGUAGUUAGUAUGAACACUUGUGAUUGUGAAACUCAGAAGAACUAAAACAAGGGUACUGGAGUCACAGGUGUGUGGCACUGAUUACAUCCGCACUUAGAGGACGAUGCAAUUUUACUAUCUGAUAGGUAACAAAUAACACUGGCAAUGGAGAAGCUUAAUUCUUGUGUGAUACACCUGCCGAAAGCAAGAUUUAAUUACCUGACUGGAGAGAGAGUUCUUUCAGACACUUGGGAUCCUUUGAUAUGAUAUACAUGUAUUAUGAGUGCAACUUGAUACCCCGUCAUUCUGAUCCAUUGGAUGCAGAAACACUAUAUGAAACACAAUAUUCUCGUAUGAAAGUGUCUGUCAACUCUGUUUGGGCACAACAUGUGUUUUGCUCUUUGAUGGUUCCUGUUGGUAAAAGUAUAGGCUACAGUAUGUCAGAAUAAUGGUUUUCUUAGAUAUACUAGAUGCAUAUUACAACUUCCUGAAGUGACGUAUAUUUCUGCACUCAUCUCACCUCUUCAGGUCAUGCAUAUUCAGGGUUCACCAUUUUUUUUACUUAUCUGUGGUCACUUGUACAAUUUCUUUUUACAAUAAGUUACAAGUUACAUCGCUAGUAUAGUUUGGUAUUGAAAUUAUGAAAGAGGAUAACUAAG